ACGAAACAGAAGGCCAUUAUCAUAAAAACCGAAGUAUGAGAAGAAACCCUAACCCUCCAAGCCCCUAUUUCAAUUAUUAGUCGAAACCAAAACCCUAAUUUCAGCAUUUCUCUGCUGCAGCAGCCAUGGUUUCAGGCUCAGGAGUAAUGGCGAAGAGAGUGGUCGUGGACGCCCGACACCACAUGUUGGGGCGUCUAGCCUCCAUUGUUGCAAAGGAGCUUCUUACUGGGCAGCGUGUUGUUGUGGUUCGUUGCGAAGAGAUCGCACUUUCUGGUGGUCUUGUUCGGCAGAAGAUGAAGUACCUUCGAUUUCUUCGUAAGAGGAUGAACACUAAGCCUUCUCAUGGUCCUAUUCAUUUCCGUGCUCCUUCUAAGAUCUUCUGGCGUACUGUUCGAGGUAUGAUUCCUCACAAGACAAAGAGGGGAGCCGCUGCAUUGGCAAGGUUGAAGGUGUAUGAGGGAGUUCCCCCACCUUAUGACAAAAUCAAGAGGGUGGUUGUUCCCGACGCUCUCAAGGUGUUGAGGCUUCAAAAGGGUCACAAAUACUGCUUGCUUGGCCGUCUAUCAAAGGAAGUCGGCUGGAACCACUACGACACCAUCAGGGAGCUUGAGGAGAAAAGAAAGGAGAGGUCCAAAGUUGUUUACGAAAGGAAGAAGCAGCUCAACAAAUUGAGGGUGAAGGCUGAGAAGGCAACUGAGGAGAAGCUUGGUUCCCAACUAGAAAUUCUUGCACCAGUCAAGUAUUGAGGAUAGAAGUUGAUUGCUUCCAGUUUUGUUAAACUAGACAAAUUGAGUUGUUUUAUACUUUUUAUGUAUUGCCAUUUAGUCUUAAAUCAUUUGUGUCAUACAUCCAUCAUCUUUGUUAUCGUGUGUUUUGGCACUAAUUUUGAUUUUGUUGGCCACCUAAUAUGAUGAAUGUAGGUCAUUUGUUGUGGUGCUUAACUUUUUUGAGCAUAUAUAGGUCUCUGUUCUACCUGA